GCGGUGCUCCGUGUCUCUCGUGAAUGAAUGACAUCAUGCGGGCUGCUGUCGGUCUCCAUCUGCGACAUGACACCCUCAGACACUAACGGUUAGACGUUUAUUUAAAAUCUGCCGUUAAACCGGUGUAGAGUGAUGCAGCAGAAGUUGUGCUCCAGAGGUUCUGGUUCUUUCCUCUUGGAGAGGAACGGCCAGGCCUGCGGUGCCGUCACCGUCACCUCCUGCGACCUCCCCUUCCGCUGUCCCCGCUGUGGUGAACAGGAGCGUUUCCGUAGCUUGGCCUCGCUGCGCGCCCACCUGGAGUACCGCCACUCGUACUGCUCGCCAGACGUGACCUCCGGCGGCUUCAGCAUCACCGGCAAACUCCCUGACCCGUUGACGGCGGCGAUCCCCUGGCACGACAUGAGUCUGCCGACCCGCAGGGGGCAACAGAGCGCCGGGCGACCGCCUCAUGCCCGCUCCCUCAGUGACAGCAGAGACAGCGGCUACCUCCACUCCUACAGCUCUGUGAGGAGACGCACUCAGAGUGUCGGAGUGGGGACGCAGGCUGAGGAGGAGGAAGAAGAGGAUGACGAUGAGGAGGAAUUUGGGACAGAGGAUGAAGAUGAGGAGGACGAUGAUGAGGGCGAAGAGAGAGAUGGAAGUAGAACUGAGGAAGACAUAAAAAUGUCAGUCAAAAAGUCAGACGCAUGCCACCAUCAACUCAACCACCAUCACCUCCCGUUCCCUCCUCCUGCACCUCUUGGGCCCCCACCAGACCCGGACCUGGACCUGGACCUGGUUGAGCAGAACUCGUACUCUGGGUUGGAGACGGCGGCGGCCUCAGCCGCCGUGCGCCGACGACUGGCCAGCAUCCUGCGUGCGGCCGACAGCACCAUGCAGCGCCGGCUGGCCAAGGUGAGCACGGAACUCGCCCAGACCGACACGGAGCUCCUGUGUGAGCGCGCUCACUCGCAGCACCUGGCCCAGGAGAGGCAGGAAGUUGCAGACAGGGAGAGGUCGCUGAGCCGGCAGGUGGACGUGGCCGUCAUGGUGAUUGCCGCGUUGAGGGAGCAGCUCAACGCCUCAGAGAACGAGCUGGAACGGAGAGAGAGGGAGGUCAUAACCAUUCAGAAGUUUCUGGAAGCGGCGGCUAGACAGGAGACGUGCGGUAAAGUUCGAAUACAGCGCUUCAUCGAGAAUCUGCUGCGACGCAUCGCUCUGGCCGAGAGACUGGUGGAGUAUUACCAGGUCAACGGCAGCCCGCAGCAGUGCAACCAUAACAAGUACCAGCAGCCAACUGAUAAUGGACCUCACAGAAUCACUAAAAGCAGGUCUGCAGGAGGUCAGCUGUCCUCGUCUGGUCUCCAUGACAACAGAACCCACUCCUCUUCGCAGUUCGGCGGCCGUCCUCUGUUCUCCAAACCGGGCGGCGGGGAGCGGGACCGGGAGCGGGAGCACCGAGAGCGUCUGGCCCAGUCGUCCAGGCUGUUCUGCCGACCCGAACACAGAGACGACAUCUGGAACCACCAGCGCCGCCGGUCCACCGGGUACGAAACAUAGAACUGUAGAGAAACACCGGGGGAGAGGGGGUAUCAGAGGGUGCAGCUUUAUUUAGCUUUAUUCUGGUGUGUUAAUCUGUGGAAAAGUACAGUGCAGUCACAUUCACAUCAAGCUUCUUUUGAGACAAUAAUUUGAACUGUGAGGUGAUGCCUCCUUCAGUAUAACUCUUUAUUUAAAAGAACGCACUUCAGUAAAUCGUAAUUGGUCUGGACUGAUGCUCUUAUUGAGCUAAAAUGCUGCUUUAUGCUUUUUUGGUCUAAAAUCUGGCACUUAGCAAUAGUUGUUUUUAAAGUCAUGUUUUGACAUUGAAAUGCAAAUUUAAUCAAAAUGUUAGUGACUGUCUUGCAUACAUUGUACAAAAUGUUAAAAAAAAACAACAGGGAAACGUUAUCAGUUAUUGGUAAAAGACAACUAUUUUAAAUAUAAAAAAAGAGUGUGCAAUAUGGGUUGUUCUCUCCAGAUUUGAUCUG